GAGCAUUUUCACGUCCACGACUUGAUACAGAGAGAGCGCUGUGUACAAAGAGCAGAGCAGUCACCCUGAGAAGUCAAAGAAAGAUCUAAGACAGGAAGAUGAAGAACUCGGUCUCGGAUCACAGCUUCUACAUUGAUAGCGACGAAGAAGUGGAUGCCGGGAAAGAUUUGGACAAAGAUGAAGACGACAACGAUGGAAAUGUUUCGGAUUCAUCCGAUUCUUCGGCCGAAAACCAGCAGCAGACCAAGCCCGGUUCUUAUAACACCUCUUGGCCACAGAGUUACAGGCAGUCUAUUGACUUAUAUAGCAGUGUACCAUCUCCAAGCAUUGGGUUUCUGGGCACUCCCACAUUGUCAAGAUUAGGCAGUUCAUUUCUUUCCUCAUCACUAACAAGAAGAUACACUCCUGAAACGUUGCCAACUGUGACAAAACCUUUGUUGGAUGAGCAACAGCAGCAACAAAGACGUAGUUCGCAUUCUCUGCUUCCGCCUAUUCCAUCACGGAGAUCAUCUAUAAGAAAGGAUGAGAAACCAUCCAAGGUUUCACAUGAGCUCCCAAUUUCUCACCAAUGCUCGUAUGGGCAAUCUGUGCUAAAUGGUAUAAAUGUUCUAUGCGGAGUUGGCAUCCUUUCAACUCCUUAUGCUGCCAAAGAAGGAGGAUGGGUUGGACUCUCCAUAUUGUUUGUAUUUUCAGUGCUUUCGUUUUACACCGGACUCCUCCUGCGCCACUGCUUGGAUAGUGAGCCUGGGAUUGAGACAUACCCGGACAUUGGCCAAGCUGCAUUUGGUAAUGCUGGCCGAAUUACCAUCUCGAUAAUCUUGUACAUGGAACUAUAUGCCUGUUGCAUUGAAUAUAUAAUUUUGGAGAGUGACAACUUGUCUUCACUGUUUCCAAAUGCACAUCUAAGUUUGGGUGCAGUUGAGUUAAAUUCGCACAUUUUGUUUGCAUUGCUGACAACCCUUGCUGUUCUUCCUACUGUUUGGCUUCGAGACCUCAGUGUUCUUAGUUAUAUAUCUGCUGGUGGAGUUAUUGCAUCAGUCUUGGUGGUCCUUUGCUUGUUUUGGGUUGGUCUGGUAGAUGGAGUUGGCAUUCAAAGCAAAGGAACUACACUGAACCUUGCGACUCUUCCUGUUGCUAUUGGUCUCUAUGGUUACUGCUUUUCAGGACAUGCUGUUUUCCCAAACAUCUACACUUCAAUGGCAAGACCAGGCCAAUUUCCUGCAGUCCUAUUAACAUGUUUUUGCAUUUGUACUUUGAUGUAUGCUGGGGUUGCUGUUUUGGGAUACAAAAUGUUUGGAGAAUCAAUACAGUCACAGUUCACUCUUAACAUGCCCCAGGGUUUGGUUGCUACCAAGAUUGCUGUCUGGACUACGGUAGUAAACCCUCUCACCAAGUAUGCGUUAACCAUGUCUCCUGUUGUGAUGUGUCUGGAGGAGUUGAUACCAUCAAACCACAGCAAGUCUCAUAUAUAUUCUGUAUGCAUUAGAACGACACUGGUGGUUUCUACCUUGGUUGUAGGUCUUGUCAUCCCCUUCUUCGGUCUUGUAAUGUCAUUGAUCGGAUCUUUGCUCACGAUGCUCGUAACCUUGAUACUUCCUUGUGCUUGUUUCCUAAGCAUAUUGAGGAGGAAAGUAACCCGUUUUCAGGUUGUCCUGUGCAUCAUAAUUAUAACAGUAGGUGUUAUAUCAUCUGCCAUUGGAACAUAUUCCGCCCUUUCAAAAAUUGUUGAAAGUUUGAGGCAUUGAAGUUUUCGGGAUAAUUUCAACUGUGAGAAGACAGUUUGAUUUGUGUACUUUAAAUUCGUCUUAGCCUAUCCGUUCCAUAAUCCCAAUUUUGGAUUUUGUAUCGCAUUUCUUCUUGGGUGUUUCUGUAUUUCACGAGGAUUGCUUCUUAUUACUGCUGAGAGAUUAUGUCGAUUCACUAUAAUGACGUUUUUGUU